AUGAGUAUUCCAACCUCCCUCCAUGCCGCGCGGGAGCUGUUCCGCGUGAAGGCGUCUGGCAAUGAAUUUGUUCUGCUCGUGCAUGCGGCGACCAAUGAGGAGCCGUGGGGGCCAACAGGAACGCAGAUGGAUGAAGUCUGUCGCGCCUUUGCCCGCGGGUCAUUUGAAAUCAUGGAUGAGAUUAAGCUGCGCCUGAAAAACCGCGAUAAGUCGUGGCGUCCUUGUUACAAAAGCCUACUUCUUCUGGACCACCUUGCUCGCAACGUGCCCGAGUCGGGGCUGCCGGCAAUUUGCUCUGUCAUACCCAUGCUCCGCAACAUAUCUCAGACGUUCUACUACACGGGGAGAAAAGGGACCGACCACGGCCUGUCGGUGCGGGAGCGCGCAAAGAAGCUCUGCGACCUCCUCAGCGACGGCGCGGUGCUCCGUGAGGAGCGCGAGAAGGCGGCGCUGACACGCUUCAAACUUUCUGGUGCGUCCGGCGGUGGCGUUGGCGGUGGCGGCCACUCAAACUCCCGCUAUCAAGGAUAUUCCAGCAGCAUGCUGCCGCCGUCGGCUUUGCUGCCUAGCGCGUACGAAACUCAAACCCAGCCGACCCGCACGAAGGAGGAACAGGAGCGGUACGACAUGGAACUUGCAGCCCGCCUGCAGCGCGAAGAGGAAAUGCGCGCUGGCAUGUCUGCCGUGGAUGUGGAACGGAUGUUCAACCGGCAAGUCCCACGACAAGCUGAACCCGUGGCGCAGGCAGCUCGCAAUUCCGACCUCGAGCUCGCGCGCCGUCUUCAGGAGGAGGAGGAUCAGAAGCUGCAUGGGCGUCGUGUCAGUGCGUCGUCGUCCCCUGCACAGGGCACAUCAACGGGAGCGUCAGCAAUGCCUCCUUCCCCCACUCCUGCGACGCCUUCUCCCAAGCCAGAGCCCCAGCCCCCAAAGAAGGACGUCCUGGAUGACUUGUUUGCCCCAGCACCUCUGACGACGACGACGACGACGACGACGAACGCAUCUGCCCAACAACCUGGUUGGGCGAACAGCGCACCGCUUCAACAGCAGCCACCCACUUCUGCUGAUCCCUUUGAUGCAUUCCUGGACACGCGUAUUCAGCAGCAGCAACAGCAGCAAUAUCCACAGCAAGUGGCAUACGGUAGUUUUCCACCGUCGAUGGCUCCACCACAGCAGUUUUCUGGCAUGAUGGCAGGUGGCGGUGGCGGUGGCGGAUGGAACGGUGCGCCACAACCAUCGAUGACGAUGCCGGCCGACGGACGCGGGACGGGCUGGUCGAGUGGGGCCCCUGCACAACCGUCAUUUGGAGGGCUGCCCACGCAAGCUUCUUGGGGCGCGCCGUCCGCCACAGGCAACGUCUACGCUCCAACCGGGGCGCAAGGGGUGCCACUUGCUGCGAAUGGAACUAAUAACACGCAGGGAUGGGCCUCUUUUACAAGCGCAGGUGCCGCUGCGAACAACACCAGCUCAAUGGAGGAGCAAAUGGCACACUUUUCCGGGCAAGUGAGUGGUCACCCCCAGCCAUCAGCGAAGUCGUUGAAUGCCCUUAUGGCGGAGCGCCGAGGGAUGGAGUAG